CAUCGAUCGAACCGCAGGGGAAAUCUGCUGUCACUAAUGUAGGUUGCCUGUAAUGUUAUAAGGAAGCAAAUUGAGUGACUGAGACAGAAUUUUGCCACAUUAGGCCAAUUUGUUAUCUUGAAUUCAGGAUAAAACGGAUGUACUGUGGUAACGGUGUACAUACAUCAUGCAUACACAGUAAUGUUCUGUACAAUUCUCUGAUAUUACUCUAUAUGUUCGUUGUGGUUGGCUUGAAACUUGAUUGCUUCAUUCAAUCUACCCCCGUGGAUUUUACCUCGCACUCAAACGGAAUUUUAAAGAAUUCCGCUGGAUGAAAUAAAACAAGUUGUAUUAACUUGCGCCGAAAGAUGCACUGACAGAGAUGGUCAAUUCAGCCAACGAAGGUUCCGGUAGCUCUAAGAUGUCACUCUCGCCCCAGCUCUCCCCCUGGGACAUCAGCGGAUUCACAUUCGACUUCGAUCUCUACCGACCUCGCCGGAACAGUUACCUGUUCGCCACCAGGACACGCAGGCGCACAUCAAGUUAUCGGAGUGCCACCAGCCGGGAGGACUCGAACUCGGACGUUGAGCAGCCCAAGGGUGAUUUCAUUGAGGGGAUUGUUCAUAAGAAACGAAAGGAGAGUUAUAAACGGGCGAAUAGGCAUGACGUGCCUGAUGACGAUGGUGAGGAGGAAAAUGCAGACCUGGCAGACGGAGAGGAGGCAAAGCGACCGCCCAAGAGACCAAGACGGCACAGGCGGUCCCAUCAAAAGCGCACACAUGAUUUAGAUAAGACCCCAUUGGGGCCACAGACGAGCAGCAGUAUUACUAUUGCCUUAAAUGAUAAACCAAUCGAGUCCAUCACAACAACUGUUACUAUGGUUACACCGGUAUUUGGCGUUAGAAACAACAUGGUUGCCGAGAGUGAGGGCUCAUUCACUCCGGAAUCAAGUGUAUCAACUUCGAAGUGGGUUUACAGGAAAAACAUGUUUGUGUUGUGUUUGAGUUUUAUUCUGGUGUUCACAGUGUUCCGUUCGAUACAAAAUCUCCAGUCAAGUCUGAACAAGGAGAAUAAGCUUGGAGUUAUCUCAAUGUGUUGUGUUUACUCGUCAAUGCUCGUGUCCUGCCUUGUGGUGCCAAUCUUGAUCAACAGGCUCAGUGCCAAGUGGUCUAUCGUAAUCGGACUCAUCUUCUACCACUUCUGGAUCGCUGCCAAUUUCUACCCCCAUUUUUACACCCUCAUUCCUACAUCGGUGACAGUUGGACUAGGGCAGAGUAUGGCAUGGACUGGGCAGGUAUCAUACCUGACCAAACUCGCAUCCGAUUACACUUUCGCCUCAAAGGAGGUUUCGGAGUAUGAUAUUUAUAAAUUCAAUGGAAUUUUCCUCGCAUGUUUCCAGACAACACAUAUCUGGGGAAAUCUCGUCUCGUCUCUCAUGCUGCACGUGGUGAGACCUAACGUGAGUCACGUGCACGAGAACGGCUUCAGCCACGGCGCGAACAUGACGUGGGAGGAGAAAGCCUACCAUGAAGCCAUGGAUUCUAAGAUUGUGGGGUAUAUUAUCCCGGAUGAUCAGCUGUGUGGUGUAUUUGACGACUGCCUGACGACGGGUACUGAUAUCAGAGAGGGAUUCACAAGGGACUUUCGCCUUGCCCCCAACUCUGUCAUCAAGCUGAUGGGAGCCCACCUCGUCCUCGCCUUCGCCGGUUUCCUCCUUAUUCUCUUGUUCCUAGAUAAGAUCAACACUAAGAUGGACUCGGCUAAAUCUUUGAGAGAGUUGAUGACCCAUAACCUGUGUCAGAUGUUCCGAGACAAGACGUUCCGGCUGCUUAUUCCACUGCUUAUCUUUAACGGAUUCGAACAAGGCUUCCUCUACUCAGACUUCAAUAAGUCGUUCGUCACGUGUCCCCUUGGUAUUGAAUACAUCGGCUACACGAUGAUCACCCUGGGUGCGGCUAAUGUCAUCAGCUCGAUGUUUGUGGGGGUGCUAGUGAAGCGUAUGCCAAGAGAAGUCAUCAUAGGUAUUGCGGGGAUCAUGCACAUUGGUCUUGCUGUGUUUCUGCUCAUCUGGAUCCCAACCAAAGACCUCAUGCCUCUCAUCUUCAUAUCAGCUGCCUUUUGGGGCAUUGCGGACUCAGUCUGGCAGACUCAAUGCAAUAUUUUGAUAAGCCUAAGUUGCCCCGAAGACCAUGAUGUCGCCUUUACCAACUUUCGCCUUCUUCAGGCAUUCGGCGCAGCACUGGCCUUCGGUUUGGGAACGUGUCUCUGCAUGGCAACUAAGAUGUACAUCCUCAUCAGUCUACUGGUGUGCGCCAUGAUGUUUUAUGCCAUGGCAGAGUACAGGAUAAAACAUACACCCAUGGAGAGGCACGAGGUUAGGUUGAACUCCGCGGAUAUCACGUGAACCAUUAAUCGUGAGUCAGAUGCGACACAUCGACUUCGAAAAGUGUAUGCAUGAACUUAAGCUGUGUCUUUCAACGAAGUGACCAGUCGCUUUCUAUUAUUCAUUAUCGAAAUAAAAUAAGUGAGAUAGGUUUUGAACACCGAGAAACUUUUGCAGAUAAUUGGAGAUUCCUGAUUUUUUUUCAUGUUGUAUGACUGUGGCUAGUUAAACGAGAGGGAAUUUAUAAAGACAAAUUUCUGGUGCAUUUGUUUUUGUUAGUACGAAGAAUUAACCAGGAUUAUGUCAUAGUCUCAAUAAUCUGGAUAUCACACUUUUGUUGAGAAACAUGUAAUCAGUUGUUCGCUGUAAAUUCACUCGUUUACAGCAUGAUACUUGUUAAUACAGUGACCGUUCUUCGCCCUGUGAUUGGUAUAAUGCUGCUUUAUUCAUUUGAAGUCAGCGAAAUAGUUACAGUGACAGUAUUUUGUAUCUAACUAGUGUUUGUGUGCCGUCUUGCUGAACACCAAGUCUUAAAUGGAGUUAAUCGGCCCGUUACCUCCCCGGGUCGGCGGAUCCAAGGCUGAGGGUCAAGAUGCAGGUUGACCUUCUGGUGCAGUAAAUUAUAUUGCCCGGUUCAUUACACUGUCGAAGAAGUUUUCUAAGAAUCCUCUUACGAAGUCGUUGCCCUGUACCUUAUUGACUGAAAACAACAUUUCACCCCCCCCCCCCC